GGACUUACGCCGGCACCCGGCACCCGUCCAGGGUACCCCUGUGGAACUGACCGGGGCGGGGGGGUGGGGCUGGCUCGCGAUCCCCCAAUCUCGGCUAGAGGCUGCAAGGCUGUGUGAGCUUGAGAAGGAACAUGAAGGUGGGCUUGCCAGGUGAGAGCCGCUGGCAGGUGGGCCCGGCUGUGGAGGAUAACCUGGCUCUGGGAGCACCGCAAGUUGGGGGCCUCCCUGACUUGGUGCCAGAGGGGACACUGCUCAACAUGGUGCUGAAGAGGAUGCAUCGACCCAGAAGCUGCUCCUACCAGCUGCUGCUUGAGCACCAGCGCCCCAGCCGCAUCCAGGGGCUUCGAUGGACGCCGCUCACCAACAGCGAGGAGUCCCUGGAUUUCAGUGUGAGCCUGGAGCAGGCUUCCACAGAGCGGGUGCUCCGGGCUGGAAAGCACCUGCACCGACAUCUCCUGGCCACCUGCCCGACCCUCAUCCGUGACCGGAAGUAUCAUCUCAGGCUCUACCGGCAGUGCUGUUCUGGUCGGGAGCUGGUGGACUGGGUCUUGGCCCUGGGGCUUGGGGUCCACUCUCGGAGCCAGGCUGUGGGCAUCUGCCAGGUUCUGCUGGAUGAAGGUGCCCUCUGCCAUGUGAAACACGACUGGACCUUCCAGGACCGAGAUGCCCAGUUUUACCGGUUCCCUGGGCCAGAGCCGGAGCCCACAGGAGCUCAUGAGAUGGAGGAGGAGUUGGUGGAGGCCAUGGCGCUGCUCUCCCAGCGGGGGCCCGAUGCCCUGCUCACUGUAGCACUUCGAAAGCCCCCAGGUCAGCGCACAGAUGAGGAGUUAGAACUUAUCUUCGAGGAGCUCCUGCACAUCAAGGCCGUGGCCCACCUCUCCAACUCGGUGAAGCGGGAAUUAGCAGCAGUUCUGCUCUUUGAACCACAUAGCAAGGCAGGCACUGUGUUGUUCAGCCAGGGGGACAAAGGCACCUCAUGGUACAUUAUCUGGAAGGGGUCUGUCAACGUGGUGACCCAUGGCAAGGGGCUGGUGACCACACUGCAUGAGGGAGAUGACUUUGGACAGUUGGCUCUGGUGAAUGAUGCACCCCGGGCGGCCACCAUCAUCCUGAGAGAAGAUAACUGUCACUUUCUACGUGUGGACAAGCAGGAUUUCAACCGCAUUGUCAAGGAUGUGGAAGCAAAGACCAUGAGACUGGAAGAACACGGCAAAGUGGUGUUGGUGUUGGAGAGAGCCUCUCAGGGCACUGGCCCUUCUCGCCCCCCGACCCCUGGCAGGAACCGGUACACAGUGAUGUCUGGCACCCCAGAGAAGAUCCUAGAACUUCUCUUAGAAGCCAUGCGGCCGGAUUCCAGUGCUCAUGACCCAACAGAGACAUUCCUCAGUGACUUCCUCCUGACCCACAGCGUCUUCAUGCCCAGUGCCCAGCUCUGCGCUGCCCUCCUGCACCACUUCCACGUGGAGCCCGCAGAGCCUGCGGGAGGCAGCGAGCAGGAGCGCAGCACUUACAUCUGCAAUAAGAGGCAGCAGAUUCUGCGUCUAGUCAGCCAGUGGGUGGCCCUCUAUGGCCCCAUGCUCCACACAGACCCUGUGGCCACCAGCUUCCUCCAGAAACUCUCAGACCUGGUGAGCAGGGACGCCCGACUUAGCAACCUGCUGAGGGAGCAGUGGCCAGAGAGGCGGCGACACCACAGGUUGGAAAAUGGCUGUGGGAACGCUUCUCCUAUGAUGAAGGUACCUGCCCAGUCUCAGCAGGGCUCCCCCUUCUUCCCUCUGCCCAUCCAGCUCCCUUACCUGGAGGGGCCCAUGUGGGGGGGUUCCCCACCCACAGACAAGCCCUUGAGCGACCCCUCCCACAGCUCAGCCCCAUCCUCCUCUCCAGUCCCCUAUGACAUCUGCCUCCCGGACCAUUCCGUGCUGACCCUGCAGCUACCUGUGACAGCCUCUGUGAGAGAGGUGAUGGCAGCAUUGGCCCAGAAGGACGGCUGGACCAAGGGGCAGGUGCUGGUGAAGGUCAAUUCUGCAGGUGGAAGUGAGGAAAGACCAAUGAGGUCACCUGUGUGCUCUGCUCUGGGAAGCACUGCCCUCUGGUGGCCACCUGAUGCUGUUGGCCUGCAGCCAGAUGCCCGUGGUGUGGCCACAUCCCUGGGGCUCAACGAGCGGCUCUUUGUUGUCGACCCACAGGAAGUGCAUGAGCUGACCCCACACCCAGAGCAGCUGGGACCCACUGUGGGCUCUGCUGAGGGGCUGGAGUCAGUGAGCGCCAAGGACCUGGCAGGCCAGCUGACAGACCACGAUUGGAACCUCUUCAACAGUAUCCACCAGGUGGAGCUGAUCCACUAUGUACUGGGCCCCCAGCAUCUGCGGGAUGUCACCACUGCCAACCUGGAGCGCUUCAUGCGCCGCUUCAAUGAGCUGCAGUACUGGGUGGCUACGGAGCUCUGUCUCUGCCCUGUGCCCGGCCUGAGAGCCCAGCUGCUCAGGAAGUUUAUCAAGCUGGCGGCUCACCUCAAGGAGCAAAAGAAUCUCAAUUCCUUCUUUGCCAUCAUGUUUGGCCUUAGCAACUCAGCCAUCAGUCGCCUGGCCCACACCUGGGAGCGACUGCCCCACAAAGUCCGGAAGUUAUACUCAGCCCUGGAGAGGCUGCUGGACCCUUCGUGGAACCACCGAGUGUAUCGACUGGCCCUCACCAAGCUCUCCCCUCCCGUCAUCCCCUUCAUGCCCCUUCUCCUCAAAGGAGGGGAACGGAGUCUGGGAACCCAGAAGCAAAACCAUCCCUUUGCAGACAUGACCUUCAUCCACGAGGGGAACCAUACACUAGUGGAGAAUCUCAUCAACUUUGAGAAGAUGAGAAUGAUGGCCAGAGCCGUGAGGAUGCUGCACCACUGCCGAAGCCACAGCACUGUGCCUCUCUCACCACUCAGAAGCCGAGUGUCCCACUUUCACGAGGACAGCCAGGCAUCGAGGAUUUCCACAUCCAAGGAGGAGCCAGAGGAAUUCUUGGAGCUGGAAGAAGAGGCCCCGGAUAAUAGCUUGUACUCGGCGCCCAGCUCUUGCCAGGGCCGCUGCCGCGAAGCCUUCGACAAGCACCACCCCUGCCACUGCAAUGACCGCUGCCAAGAGUUUGGGAACUGCUGCAAGGAUUUCGAGAGUCUGUGUGGCGACCACGAGGGCUUCUCCCACAGCAGCGAUGCCAUAACCAAAGAGGAGCUUCAGAGCAUCUCUGAGAAGAUCUACAAGGCAGACACCAACAAGGCCCAGAAGGAAGACAUCGUUCUCAACAGUCAAAACCGCAUCUCCCCUUCAGAGACGGGAGACCAAGUGGAUCGCUGCCCAGAGCCGCUCUUCACCUAUGUCAAUGAGCAGCUGUUCUCCAAGCCCACCUACGCAGCCUUCAUUAACCUGCUCAACAACUACCAGCGGGCAACGGGCCAUGGGGAGCACUUCAAUGCCCAGCAGCUGGCCGAACAGGGUGUCUUCCUCAGAGAGAUCAUGAAGACGGCAGUCAUGAAGGAGCUCUUCAGCUUUCUCCAUCACCAGAACCGCUAUGGCUCAGAACAAGAAUUCGUUGACGACUUGAAGAAUAUGUGGUUUGGGCUCUAUUCAAGAGGCAAUGAAGAGGCGGACUCCAGUGGCUUUGAACAUGUCUUCUCAGGUGAAAUCAAAAAGGGCAAGGUCACUGGCUUCCAUAACUGGAUCCGCUUCUACCUGCAGGAGAAGGAGGGCCUGGUUGACUAUUACAGCCAUAACUAUGAUGGACCUUGGGAUUCCUACCCUGACGUGUUAGCGAUGCAGUUUAACUGGGAUGGCUACUAUAAGGAAGUGGGCUCAGCUUUCAUUGGCAGCAGCCCUGAGUUUGAGUUUGCACUCUACUCCUUGUGCUUCAUUGCCCGGCCAGGCAAAGUGUGCCAGUUAAGCCUGGGUGGAUAUCCCUUGGCUAUCCAGACCUAUCCCUGGGACAAGACUACCUAUGGAAAUGGCAAGAAGUACAUUGCCACGGCCUACGUGGUGUCUUCCACCCAUUAGGACAGAACUUUGAGCCAGAAAGGGCCAUGAGGGCAGGGAGGGCUCUUGCAGGACUGAGGUGCUAUCUAUUCUGGACUGGAAAAGGGAGGUAGGAGGCUGGGAGGAAAUCCCACAUCAGUGAAACAGAACCCCAAAACCAAAAAUGCCUAUAUAGGAGGAAAGAAACAAAUUAGAAAAUGCAGAGAAGCAGUCAAACAUUUGUCAUCCAGUAUUUUAACAAUAUCGACUAAGAAACAAAGUCCAGGUGGAGGAGGUGGAGGGCCUUGAUGUUUCCUUGCUCUGAUGCAUGGUGGAACUGUGAGCAAGUCCUCUGGCCUCACAGUGCCUCCUGCUUCCCUCUAACACAAUGGGAAGAGGUCUACCCCUUUUCCUGUUUUUGGGGUUGGCGAGAGGACAAACCUGAUAAUACAUUUACUGAGAUGUUUUCAAAUGUUCUUAGGAAGAACUGCUAAUAGAAAUAUAAGAUUACUAUAAUGGCUGUUAUUGUUUACAGCUCUGCAAACUGCAGUUUGGCUCUGUGUCAGGGGCCUCAAAGAAGUCAGGCCACAGAAACCAACCAGAGGGCCUUUGGUCUUUUGUACAGUAAGAUCCUUUUGGAACAGAGUCUGGGAGAACUCUGUCAUUGAACAGAGCAGGGUAAUGGUUGGUUGCUUCCCCAGGCCUGAGUGUUUUGUGGUCAACUCAGUAUCUGUUUCCAGAAGCUUCCUGAUUAUAGAUGUUUAGUGCAUCUGCACUCUUAUGUUUUGAUCCCAAAUAGUUUUUUUUAAUAGAAUUUCCAUAAGAGGAGGAAGAUUUAGCAUCAGAAAAAGAAAGGCAACUAUAACUUAUUCUCGAUUAAGGCUUAGCCAGCUGCAAUAUUUUGAAUCACUCUAGAUGGGAGACCAGGGAGACUGCUCCCUAUCUCCACCACAGUGGUGCUUUUCUCCCCUGGGCCUGCUUGGAGUCAGAUGGGGCUCCACAGAGUCAGUCCUGCUCCCUGACUUAGAGAGGUCAGGUCUCCAGUUAAAGUUAUUAAAAACAAAACAAAACAAAAAA